AUGUCGUUCUCCUCCAGUCCCCCAGAAUCCCCCUUUUAUACCCUUUCCUACCCAGAACAAGGGGUACUACUAGCAACUAUAAAUCGCCCCAGACAUAUGAACUCCAUCCCAUUCCAGGGCCACUGGGACUUUGAGAAACUUUGGACUUGGUUUGAAAAUGAGGGCUCUAUGCAAGUUGCUAUUAUUACUGGGGCAGGUGACAAGGCAUUCUGUGCCGGACAAGAUCUCAUAGAAAUUGAACAAAAUGCAAUAAACCCGCCCCCAGAGCCUUAUUUGACCGGCCAUCCCAGGUCAGGAUUCGCAGGUAUUAGCCAGAGGAGAGGGAAAAAGCCUAUCAUUGCUGCAGUUAACGGGUUUGCUUUCGGCGGCGGCUUCGAGAUUUGCUUAAAUUGUGACAUGGUUGUCGCAUCACCAAAGGCUCGGUUCUCUCUACCUGAAGCAAAGCGUGGCGUCUAUGCUGCUGCCGGUGGCUUAGCACGUUUGAUGCGUAUUGUUGGACUGCAGAUUGCAUCUGAAAUUGCCAUGACAGGCCGAGUAAUCUCUCCCGAGGAAGGGAAAGCGUGGCAGUUCGUCAACCGUAUAUCCAAGACCCAUGAGUCGUUGAUCGAAGAGACAUUGGAGCUUGCUAGAGAGAUUUCUCAACUUAGCCCUGAUGCUCUUAUCAUCACCAAGGCUGGGCUUAGAGAAGCUUGGGAAACAGGAAACGUGGAGGUUGCCGUUGGAAACAUCAGGGCCCAGUAUGACAGAAAGCUUUAUGAAGGCGAGAAUCUGGCUGAGGGUAAGGCAGAAUGCUUCCGUACAUCUCGAUUUGUUGAUUCCUUCGCUAACUGGUGUUCUUCCUAG